AUUUCAUGGCUUACAAGUGUUAUAUAUAUUCUUACAAACAAACAUGUGUCAAGGCUGACAAGUCCAGUAUAUAUACAGAUGCAUCUUAAAAUAGUUUACUCCGAUCAUAUUUGCUUUGUUGUAAGCUCUUAAAUGGCUUCUCAGGUUAAUGGAUCGAAUGUGGUCUUCGAAGAAGGGAUUGCUAAUUUUUCCAACUCCUUGUAUAGCAAUCUAGACAGAACUGGAAAUGAAUUCAUUUCGCCAUACAGUAUCACGUCAGCAUUGUUACUCCUUAUGCUUGGAACUAGCAAAACAACUAAAAACCAGAUGAAGUCGGUAAUAUUCGAAUAUGAAGAACCAAAUGAUAUCAACCAGGGAUAUAAACUUCUAAAUGAUGAACUCUUAACGAGAACAACAUCGGGAGUUACAUUAUCUAUUGCAAACAGGUUAUACGGCAGUAAACGUCUAAAUGUUUUGAACACUUUUUCUACGAAAGCGUCUACAUACUAUGGUAGUGCUAUUGAACUUUUGGAUUUUGUGUCGCAGGCGGAAAAAUCACGACUGACAAUAAAUGAUUGGAUUUCAAACAAUACAAACAACCGAAUUAAAAAUAUGAUUCCAAAAGGUGUUCUUAAUGCAAAUACUUUAUUUGUAGUAGUAAACGCUAUAUAUUUUAAAGGUAUGUGGAAAACAGAGUUCAACAGGAAUAACACUACACAAAGGAACUUUUUCGUGAGAGCGAAUGAUCAAAAGCUGGUUAAUAUGAUGUACGGUGAGUUUGAUGCAAUGUCUGGUGAAGAUCUUUCACUUGACUGUAAGGUUUUGCAACUACCGUAUAAAGGAAACAAGAUCUCUAUGAUCUUUGUUUUGCCAAAUUCUGGUGAUGGACUCUCGGAACUAGAAAAUAAACUUUCCGUGGAUAAUUUCAAGACACUUGUAAGCGGUCUGAAGACACAGAAGACAAUAAUAAGAAUUCCCAAAUUUACAAUGACAAGCGAGUACGAUUUAAAGCCAAUUUGUACGGCGUUAGGUUUUACGGAAAUCUUUGACGAAAAAAUUGCAGACUUUAGUGAAAUAUUCCUAGCUAAUGAAACACGCGUGCGCGUGACUGAUGCACGUCAUAAAGCUUACAUUGAAGUGAACGAAGAGGGAAGCGAAGCAGCAGCUGCUACUACAAUUACUAUUGGAGUGACUUCAAUACAGGAUCCUAAACCCCAGCCAUUUGAGUUUGUUGCUGAUCAUCCCUUCCUGUUUGUGAUUCAAGAUGACGAAACAGGAAUACCGCUGUUCAUUGGAAGAUAUGCCAGGCCAUAGUUUAACAGUAACAUGUAUUUGACAUUGAUUUUGAACAAAAAUAGUAUAAAAUAUGUACCAGAAAUAUUGGUUAUUUUUAUUUUUACAUUUAUAAAAUUGAACAGUUAUUGACAUGCAUAAAUAAUUUCCUGCUCAGAUAGAAAAAUAAACGCUAUACAUUUAGAUCUGCUUUACCUGACAUGUUGUUUAAUUUGUUUUGUUUCUUAUGAUGUUUGUUUGCUUUAUCUGUCCUGAACAAAAAUGAAGCAAAGCAACAGCUCCUACUACGAUAACUGUUGGAAGGAUUACCUCAGUACGGGAACCUAAGCCCCAGCCAUUCCAGUUUUUGGCAGAUCAUCCUUUCCUGUUUGUGAUUCAGGACGACGAAACAAGAACACCGCUGUUUAUUGGAAGACAUGCCAGGCCAUAGUGUCACAGUAACAUAUGUUUGACUUUUAUUUUGUACAAAACUAGUAAAUAAUAUGUACCUGAAAUACUGAUAAUUCUUAUCUUUACUUUGAUACAAUUAAACAUUUAAUAUCAUG